AGGAGAUCCAAGAGGCGCCAGAGUUAGUUUGUUCGCGUGUUGUAUUUGUUGGUUGAUUAGAAGGGGAGCGGAAUAAUUUGCGAUGGGGGUCGCAUGUUUUUGGUUCAAGUGCUUUCGGCUCAGGUGUUUUCGGUUCGGUGUGUGUUGGGUUCGGAUGUUGGGGGGUUCGUUGUUGGUUUUUUAUCUAUCUCUGUUGUCUUAUGGCUUCUGUUGGAAUGUGAUAAAAUUUAUAAACUUCUGGGCAUCGCCGUGAAUUUUUGGAAAGUUGCAACUUUUUGAGUUCAAACCGUAAAAGUUUUGACUUUAUCGCGUAAGUUUUAAAUUUGGUACCCAUCUGCGCGAAAUCAGACCUAACCAAUUCCCAGGCCUCGCAAGUUCAUAAGUUCCUAAGUUCGUGGGGUUCUAAGUUCAUGAGCUCGGAAGGGGGAGGGCUUGGGGCUCGGAGGUGGAGGAGUGAGAGUUUGGCGGCGUCGUUGUUGUUUUUUGAUUUAUCUUUUCAAUAUUCACUGCAUGGAGCGAGGGCCCAGCCCAAGACAGAGGUUCCAGUUGCACGGGAAUGCACUUGCUCAUAAAAGAUUUGAAUUUGAUGAUUACAAUGAAUGAAUUGAAUGAAUUUGGACUUGAGAAAGAAAAAGAAUUUAGUUGUAACAAAACGUAAGUAGGACUCAAUGAAG